CAGGCUGUCCGUGUAGGAUGCACCCUGCCGCUAUGCUUGGAUAAAUUAAUCACAGAAAGUCCUUGUUUUUCAGAAUGAAAACUAUCAUUUAGAAGGUUGCUUGAACUCAGAGAGAAUGGUUGAAGCUGGUCCGCAUGUCUAACCGAGGUAACCGGGACAUUCAACCUGCUAGCGAGGCUAACAGAAACAGAAUACUGUCAACGCUAAUGCUAAUAGUUACAUUAGGCUAAAAUAAGCUAACUUAGCUAGCUGCUAACUUAGCCAGCUAGCUCGCCGAGUGCAGGACGUUUGCUCUUCCAACAGCUCUUUUCGUUCAGCGGUUCCUGCUCCGGCGUCGCUUUUUCGUGUUUUUAAUUCAGCGGAGGAGAUUGCGGAACCGGAGCUGUGGCGGGGGGACGCGCCGACAGGAACCCCCUGGCUAUCCAGGCGGACGGAUUGCAGUGACACGCCGGUCGUGGGAGAGAUCAGAGUGGAACGAUGGCUGAACUCUCCACCUUAUCGCCGUCACCGCCGGCAUUAGGUGAUCCUCAUGCUGCUCCAUCCAUCCCACCGUCUUCAUCAGCACUCGCUGCUCCUAAUAGCCCUGCGCCAGGGUCUGCCAGGGAGCUACCCGUACCCAAGUCUUCCCUUUACAAUGAUAAAGCUUUGACUGGAAACACUCCUGCAGCACUGUCAGGAGGGUCACCCUUGACUUCCCACCUACCCUUGAGUCCUCCCAAACUCACAUCUGAAACCCAACUUCCAUCGAUGGUACAUGGAGAUGCUCCACAAACAGAGGAAACAGCAGGGAAUGAUACAGACACUGCAGCUCAUGUUAUUAAGCAGGAGACAAUGACCAGUGACCUAGCUGCUGUGGAGCUCGUAAAUAAUGAAACAGAGACCCCAGCACUGGCAAGUGAGCCAUCAGCUCCAAGUGAAAUGCCACAGGCAUCUCCCUCUCCUGAUCUAAAUCCUGGUCCUAAUCUGUACCCCAGUGUGCAUGUCACCUAUAACCCAAAUCCUGUCGUGGAUGAUGGUCAGCUUACAGCGAGCCAACCCCAAACAACUACAGGUUCUAGUCCUGCACCUGCUCUUUCAGCAUCAACAGCAGCUGAAGAGGAGAAACCUCCUCUGCUUCAACAAGCACAAAACCCUCAAAGCGAGCCUUCUCCUCCUCCUCCUCCUCCUCUGUCCCCAAAGCCCGACACUCCUAGCCAAACCAGGAAGGGUGAACUGCCUGCUACCCCCACUAGAGCCGAACACCCCAGCCCUACUGUCCCACUCAUCCACGAACCAGCCUCUGCCCUCCCCCUUCCCAACCCCAACCCCAGGCCAGCUCCUGACACCCUUAGCUAUCUUGAAUCAGCCAGCCUGAUGUCAGGGACGUUGGAGUCUCUGUCUGGACUUGGAGAGGAUGGGAGCUCUGUGGGCUCAGACUCAGAAAUCAAUGGCUUGACCGUCAGACGCACGGAUAAAUAUGGCUUCCUAGGUGGGAAUCAGUACAGUGAAAGCGGUGAAAAGGAAGUCCGUGUUGAAGUUGCCAGGCAGAGGGAGAUGAAAUGGCUUGAUAUGUUCGGCAACUGGGAUAAAUGGGUCAAACAUCGCUUCCAGAAGGUGAAGAUGCGAUGUCGGAAGGGGAUUCCAUCUUCUCUCAGAGCCAAAGCAUGGCAGCUGCUAUCUAACAGUCAAGACCUUCUAAUGGCCAACGCUGGGAAAUUUGAGGAGCUGGAGAGAGAGCAGGGUGAGGCUAAAUGGUUGGACAUUAUAGAGAAGGAUCUACACAGGCAGUUCCCCUUUCAUGAGAUGUUUGCUGCUCGUGGUGGCCAUGGGCAACAGGAUCUGUACCGAAUUCUGAAGGCCUACACCAUAUACCGACCUGAUGAGGGCUACUGCCAGGCCCAGGCUCCGGUGGCUGCAGUGCUGCUCAUGCAUAUGCCUGCUGAGCAAGCUUUUUGGUGCCUCGUCCAGAUCUGUGAGAAGUAUCUUCCUGGUUACUACAGUGCUGGGCUGGAAGCGAUUCAACUGGAUGGCGAGAUCUUCUUCUCGUUGUUGCGGCGCACAUGCCCAAUGGCGUACCGUCAUCUUAAGAAGUUUAAGAUCGACCCAAUUCUCUACAUGACAGAGUGGUUCAUGUGUAUUUUCUCUCGCACCUUACCAUGGUCCAGUGUCCUGCGUGUUUGGGAUAUGUUCUUCUGUGAAGGAGUGAAGAUAGUGUUUCGUGUGGGCUUGGUCCUGCUGAAACAGAUGCUUGGCUCUGUGGAUAAACUUCGGGAGCUACAGGGCAUGUAUGAGACCAUGGAGCGUCUAAGAAACAUCUCACCCGACACUAUUAGAGAGGACAUAUUGGUACAGGAGAUCGUCACCCUCCCAGUGACAGAGGCGCUCAUAGAGAGGGAGUGCAGCAUCCAGGUGAGGAAGUGGAGGGAGUCCAGAGGGGAGCUGACACACCAGCCGGGCCGUCGUCUCCACGGUACAAGAGCCAUCUUCGAGUACAAACGCCGCGCUUCCGCCAUCAGCUCCGGUGGCAGCUUCUCUUUCCUGGGAAGCCCAAUCCCACCGCCAGGACCCCUCAGGGCCUCUUCCAGCCUCCUCUCACUCCCUGGCUUCCGCAAGUCUAAAGCUCCUUUCCACACCCAACACAAAAAGGGCUCCUUCUCUGGGCCGUCAGGAUUCGAGGGUCUGCCACCUCAUUCGCCACCUGCAGUGACAUCAAGCCCGAGUCGAGGCCCCGCCCAUAAACCACCUAUUCCUCCAGGGGCAGGUCAGAAGGCACCAGCACCACAUGUUCAGAGCCCCCUCGUCGCGAGUUCGACUGGCUCAUCCAGUGAGCCUCCUCAAGCCCCGGAGGGCACCUCAGCACAGGGCCAGCCUGCUGCCUCGGCCCCAACGCAAAGCACACCUCUGCCACCCAGUACUCUGGCCCCCUCCCCUAAGAUCGUCUCAGAGAAAAUUACUCCUACCAUCCCCUCGCCUACUGCAAACAACGCCCCUCUGCCCCCAUGUCCAGAUUCAAAAACAGAAGCGGCGCCAUCAGCCGAAGUCACAACAGGAGAAGAAGAAGGAAAGAAGAAGAAGAAAAGCAAAGAAGACAAGAAGAAGGAGAAGGAAGACGAGAAGAAAAAAAUGAAGGAAAAGAAGGAAAAGGAAAAGGUGGAAAAAGAGAGGCUCAGGAAAGAGAAAGAGAGGCUAGAAAAAGAGAAGAAGAAAGGGGGGAAGAAAAAGGACAAAGGGGGAGGAGAGGCCGAGGACAAAAAUGGAGCCGCAGCAGCGAAAGAUUCGGCCUAGUUUUCCUCCUUGUCAUUCUAGGAUCAUGAAAAGGGCGGCUGGACAAAA